AAAUUAUAGGGCACCAGUUCACUCCACACCUCCACUCAAGCUCUUGUUCUUCUCCAAUCAAUUCAAAUGGCGCAAUUUUGGAAGCCAGGAACUGCGAAGCCUCGCCUGCUCGACGAUGAAGAAGGCGGCGUUCUUUUUUACACCGCUCCCUCCUCCUCCUCAUCCUCAUUUGGGUAUGCAAGCUUAGAGAGCCAGAGGCAGCGAUUACCUGUAUUCAAGUACAGAACGUCUAUUUUAUAUCUGGUGGAGACUCACUCCACUACCAUAAUCGUCGGCGAAACGGGGAGUGGCAAAACCACUCAAAUCCCUCAGUACCUUAAGGAAGCAGGAUGGGCUGAUGGUGGUCGGAUUAUUGCUUGCACUCAACCAAGAAGGUUAGCUGUGCAGAGUGUUGCUGCAAGAUUGGCUGAAGAAAUGGGAGUCAAACUUGGGGAAGAAGUUGGUUAUACUAUUCGAUUUGAAGAUGUUACAAAUUCAGAGUUAACAAGGAUCAAAUUUCUAACAGAUGGAGUAUUACUAAGAGAAAUGAUGGAUGAUCCUCUUUUAAGCAAGUACAGUGUGAUUAUGGUUGAUGAAGCUCACGAGAGAUCCCUUUCAACAGAUAUAUUGUUAGGUCUCCUGAAAAAGAUACAACGCAGAAGGCCUGAGUUGCGCCUGAUUAUAGCAUCAGCCACAAUUGAAGCAAAAUCAAUGGCUGAGUUUUUUCAUAACAGGAAAAGGAGGCCACAGUUGGAAGGAGAAGAUAAUAGACUGCAGACUGAACCUGCUAUUUUGUCUGUAGAGGGUAGAGGAUAUAAUGUACAGAUUUUUUACAUUGAGGAACCUGUUUCAGACUACCUUCAAGCUACUGUUUCAACAGUAAUGUCAAUUCAUGAUAAGGAGCCAAUGGGGGAUAUUCUUGUCUUUUUAACAGGGCAAGAUGAUAUUGACACUGCAGUUCAAAUGAUCACAGAACAAGCCCAAAACAGUGGCAACAAGUCUUCUUUUGGAAUGAUUGUUUUGCCUUUGUAUUCGGGACUUACUCGUUCAAAUCAGGACUUGGUGUUUUCCCCUUCCCCUAGAGGAAAAAGGAAGGUGAUAAUCUCAACAAAUAUUGCAGAAACAUCUCUUACAUUAGAGGGUAUUGUCUAUGUUGUUGAUAGUGGUUUCUCAAAACAACGUUUCUACAACCCGAUUACAGAUAUAGAAAAUCUUGUAGUGGCACCAAUAUCCAAGGCAUCUGCUAGGCAAAGAGCUGGAAGGGCUGGAAGAGUACGCCCAGGGAAGUGUUACAGGCUUUAUACGGAAGAUUAUUUUGUGAAUGAGAUGUCUUCAAAUGGGAUUCCCGAGAUGCAAAGAUCAAACCUUGUUUCCACUGUUAUUCAGUUGAAGGCAUUGGGGAUUGACAAUAUAUUAGGGUUUGAUUGGCCAGCAUCACCAUCAGCUGAAGCAAUGGUGAGAUCUCUUGAAGUUUUAUAUUCACUUGGAGUUCUUGAUGAUGAUGCUAAACUCACUUCACCUGUUGGUUUCCAAGUUGCUGAGCUUCCAUUGGAUCCCAUGGUGUCAAAAAUGAUUAUAGCAUCAGACAAACUUGAAUGUUCAGAAGAAAUCAUCACUGUUGCAGCUAUUCUCUCUGUUCAGUCAAUAUGGAUAUCGGUCAAAGGGCAGAGGGAGCUGGAUGAAGCCAAAUUGAGAUUUGCUGCAUCAGAGGGUGAUCAUGUGACAUUCCUGAAUGUGUACAGGGGAUUUCUUCAGUCUAAUAAAUCAUCAAAAUGGUGUCACAAAAACUUCAUUAAUUACCAUGCAAUGAAAAAAGUAAUGGAAGUCAGAGAGCAGCUAAGAAGAGUAGCACAGAGACUAGGGUUAGCCUUAAAAUCAUGCCAAAACGAUAUUCAGGUACUAAGAAAGGCAGUGACAGCUGGAUUUUUUGCUAACGCGUGUCGUUUAGAGGCAUACAGUCAUAAUGGGACGUACAAAACGCUGAGGGGUUCUCAAGAAGUCUACAUUCAUCCAUCAUCUGUAUUGUUCAGGGUGAACCCAAAGUGGGUUAUAUAUCAUUCAUUAGUGUCAACGGAUCGUCAAUACAUGCGUAAUGUGAUUUCCAUUGAUCCUUCAUGGUUGAGAGAAGCUGCACCUCACUUUUAUAACAAACAACCCCUCAAUCCUCCUACUCAUCAUCACUAACACUUUUUUUUUUUUUUUUUUUU